AAAUACGCCGCCAUUUUCUCUUGUGCAUUUCUAUGUCAAUAGUUUACUAAUAUCAAAAUUUGGUGGGGUUUUGUUGGGGUAAAUUUCCCAAUUUUCCCAUAAAAUUAAACAGUUAUUAUAUAGAAUAGUGCAAAAAGAGUAGUGUGAUAUCGAAAAAAGGUUUAUAUGUUAUUUGAAUUAUGUAAUGACGCAUCGAAGGGGCCAAUAAAGCCAUUGAAUAAGAGUCGUGUGCGUGAGCGAGCCGAGCUGUGGCCAACGGCAACAGCAGCAGCAUCAACAUUCGUCCAAAUCACAACCUGAAAUUGUACCAGCAACGUUAUAAGCCAUAAGGAGAAUCAACGAAAUAUUAUAGUAGCGACUUUAUAUUGGGGUCUCUACCUCAUUGUGCAGCAUACGCUGCCUAAUUCAAAGGCAUUGUGAGCCUCCGUAAGUUCUCAAGCUAGAACAUACCCCGAAUUGUUUAAAAGUUGUUUGUGUUUCUGUGUGCACGUUCAAAGACCGAGGAAGUCUCCUCGAACUUUACUCUUGCGAACUAAGUCGUUCAUACCUGUUCAAAAGUAAAAUAGGGGUGCCGAAGGGGCAAGUAUAAAAUUACUACGAAGACAAUAGGAAAAUAAACCAACAAAGGCAGGAGUUAAAAUAGUGAAUCUGAACUAAAACAUAUACUGGUAAAGGUUUGGCUUGCUGGUUUAGUCGAGAUAAAUCACUCAUUGCGAAAAGGCAAUAUAAUCUCCAUCUUUCCCAAUCCUCGCAAUGGCAACCAGUGAUGACGAGCCGAUGCACCUUUAUGAGGUAUUCCAAAAUUGUUUCAACAAAAUCGCCAACAAACAACCGUCCACAGGUGGCGCCGAGCGAAAUGGUGGCUACCAAUCACCUUACGGUGGACUGGGAAUGGAGAAUGGAAUGUACCCCAACGAUGACUUUAAUCCAAUGCACGACACAGCAGGAAGUAGUAAUCGCUUUGGAGAUGGAGGACCUGUAGUAAAUCAGUAUUUCGACACUAAUCUUGGAAAUGGUGGAGGUGUCCCUCCAAGUGGAUCUGGCGGAUCUAGUGGUGGUUGGUAUUCUUCUCCCGUAGGUGGUUACGUGAAUCAAAAUUCAUAUCAAAACAAUGGUCCGCUUGAACCUCAUCACCUAACGGCACAGCAGCACCACAAUGCUGAAGCGCAACAUCAUGGUAUUGGUGGGGGCGGUGGUAUGGGUGGCGGUCUUCCCAUUGAUAAUGUCGGUAUGCACAGUCCUGUGCCUACGUCUCUACCGCCCAUGAGUUCGUUUCGAAGCGGUACUAACAACUUACAACAAAUAAGUGGUCCUGCGGCUCAUUCCCCAGCGGCGCUCUAUAAUUCGCCACAGCACAAUGCCCAACACAACGCACUGGCGACGGCCAACGCUCACGGUCAUCACCCCCUCUCGCACACCCAUCACAACCAGCAACACAGUCCGGCGGUACAGUCUGAUGCCUUCGGUGUAGGUGUUGGUGUUGGGAGUCUUGGUCUUGGACCGAAAGGACCUUCUGCUGCUACUGGUAAUGCGACUGCCUCUUUGCGACAACAUAUGUACAUGACAGCAGCUGCAGCGGCUGCCGCCGAUCAGAGUAUUAGCAGCUUUAGUUCGAAUCCGUCGACGCCGGUGAACUCCCCACCGCCAUUGACACAAAGUGGUUUGACACAAUCUCUACUUGAUAAGUCGGUUGUGGGCAGUACAGGAGGGGGACCGCCAUGGGGAGCGGUCUUAAACGGUACUGGAGGAAGUGUGAAUUCAGUCGGGGGAGGAGGAAUGGGAGUUGGUGUAGGAGGUAGUUAUGCUAGUGACGUUGGACCAUCGGGCUUGCACACAAUGGCCGCCGUCUUCCAAGGUGCGCGCAUGGAAGAACGUCUUGAUGACGCGCUGAAUGUGCUACGUAACCACUGCGAGCCUGAGCUGCUGGGCGGCGUAGGCGCAGCCCUUUCUGCCAUGGACAAUAUGGAUGGUUUGUCUAGCUUUGUGCCAACCUCUCCACCCUCACAUAUGGUCGGCGGUGUAGGCAGCACAAGUGGUGUCUCAGCUCUACACUCGCCACAUGAUGUUCUAGCUGGUGCGGGGCCCUCCGUUGAUACGGUAGGCGGUGGUGGAAUGAAUUCCACUCAAUCUGCAGUUACACAAAUAAAAAUGGAACGUACAUCUACGGCCACAUCUAGCGCACCUGGAACCACGACAAAAUCGUCAAAGAAACGAAAAGAAGCAGCGGCUGCUGCCGCCACAUCCGCAAUGUCGGCGGCAUCAGCUAACUCCGGGGGAGGCGCAUCGACGUCAUCGAUGAGUGGUGCCAUGGGCGGAGUAGUUGACGGACCAGAUACGAAACCAACCAGCUCAAUGGAGGCUACGCAACAUAACCAACAGGGAGCAUCAGGUAAAGGCUCAAAACGACCUCGUCGAUAUUGCUCGUCUGCGGAUGACGACGAUGAUGUAGAACCUGCAGUUAAAGCGAUGCGAGAAAAAGAACGACGCCAAGCCAAUAAUGCGCGGGAACGAAUACGCAUACGAGACAUUAACGAAGCGCUCAAAGAGCUCGGAAGAAUGUGUAUGACACACCUAAAGUCGGAUAAACCGCAAACAAAACUGGGCAUACUAAAUAUGGCAGUCGAGGUGAUAAUGACGCUGGAACAACAAGUCCGCGAACGUAAUUUGAAUCCGAAAGCGGCUUGUUUGAAGCGUCGAGAAGAAGAAAAAGCAGAAGAUGGGCCAAAACUUGCGGCGCAACAUCAUAUGUUGCCUCAACCACCAGGCGGUGGAGUUUACGGACAACCGCCGUUGCCACAGGUAUCAGUACCACCUGGCGCAGGGCUACCAGUACCACCGCCACAAGGAAGUGGCGUACAAUUGCCACCACAUUUACAACAGCACAAUCAACCACAACAUCCACAGCAAUAG